AUUUCAACAACCCAUCAAGAAAAUUCUAAUAUUGUGAAUAGUUCAUCGUCUAUACAACCCCCUCCCAACUUAAACUAUUAACACAAUAUAGAGUAUAUCAUGACGGCAACUCAAUAUAAUUAUAAUAGACGUAACUCUUCAACCACUCCAUAUACCAUCCCUAUAAAAGUUCAACAACAACAACAUGCAAAUCAUCAUCUCCAUCAUCAUAAUAAUCCUUUAUCACCCACAAAUUCUCAUCAUAUGAAUGGAUCUUCUCCCAUUACAAGUUCAUCAGUUCCAACAUUAUCAAGAGAAUUCGUGGUACGAAGAAUAAGUGAAGGUGAAACUGGAAGAUUAAAAGAAGAAUUAAGAUGUGAAGCAUGUGGGAAAGGUUAUAAACAUAUUUCUUCAUUAGCUAAACAUCUUUGGGAACAUACUCCAGAAUGGAAUGUAACUAAACGAUUAUCAAUUUCAAAACAUCAACAAGUUCAAUUAUUAGAAGCUGCCAGUAUAUUAGUGGGAAUGAAUGAACCAACCGGAACUCCAAAUCAACCUCAAUCACAAUCACAAUCAACAAAUGGGAAUCCAAAUUAUAGUGAUGAUUCACCAUUUUCUCCUUCAAAUUCAGCCGAUACAAAUUUAACUAAUCAUACUACUCCAACUCCACCAAUUUCAGAUGAUAAUAAACCACCAACUUUUAAAAAUGCGUUUGAUGAAUCUUCUGAAAUUGAAGAUACAUCUUCUUCUUCUCAUAAAGAUUUUAAUUUAAGAGCUAAUUUUAAUAGAAUGGGUUCUAUCAGUCAAUACCCUCCAUCAUCAACCCAUUCCCCUAUAAUCUCUGCUCAUAAUAAUCAUCAUAAUCAUCAUCAGAACCAUCCAAGUUCUCCUUCUUUGAAUGGUGGAUAUCUUGAUCAUUCAAAUGGUCAACACCAUCUUCCACCUUCAGCAAGUUCAACAGCUACUACUGUAACUCAUACUUUGGAUGAUUUGAAAUCUCCUUCUCCUUCUUAUAAGGCUGUACCAGGUAGUAUUUCCAAAUCACCAAUUUUAGUGAAUUUCACUAAAUUGAAUGGAGAAGUUAAAACUGAACGUGAACAAGCAGAGGAAGAUAAUGAAAAUGCCAUUGAAGAUGAUGAAGGUAAAGUCAAUCAAUCGUUCGACGAGGAGGAGGUUGUAGGUAAGAUGGAUGAUUAAGUCAUUCAUUAAUUCAUAAUUUUAGAGAAGGUUAAUUAUUCAUAAUCCACAACAACAAAAUUAACAUAAAAAAACAUACUUCAUAUACGUACAUAAUAUAACAAAACUUUGGUCUAGUUGA